AAUAUAAGAAAUUUAGUUAGUACUUUCCCUUCUGUUGGUUGCGUUUUUUCUCCCAAACUGGAGAAUUUUGUUGGUUCCUUUGAUCGUUCAGUUUAGUUGCCGUCGUAUUAAUUUUGUCGAAAUAAUUGCAAAUCAAGGCUUUUACUUUCUUUUGUAAACAGGACGUGACUGUUUCCUAAAUGUUCAGACACUAGUUGGAAGUGUUAAGAUUGGAAUGGACAACAUUGUUUGUGGCUUAAGCCACCCUAAAGAGAGCGAAUAUACGACAAAUCCAGGUUGUUAUCAGUAACAAUUUUUUAUUUAUGCAUUACACUCUUAUUGUUUUCUAUUACGUAUGAUAUUAAUACAUAAAUGUGAUAUAUAACGUAUAUGCAGACACAUAUAUAUACAUAUAUACAAAAAAAUUUUUUCAUAAGGCGAGGACGAUUUUCUAUGAAAAUUUGGACAAUUUGCAGAUGUCAAGCUGUAAACCUAGAAAAGAAUUAAAGUGUGACAUGACGAUGACGAGGAAGUAGAAGCAGUUCGCUUUUGUUGAAAGAGCUGGCACCUAUGCCGAGCUUUCUAUCGGUGUGUUCAUCUAUGGCUGCUUUAUAUAGGGCUUUCGAUUACAAUUUUGUUUUAAUAACCGUAUGGUUUCCAGAAAAGAAGACCAACGGGCAUGGAGGGACGGAUGCACAUAGUUAGGCCUAUAUAAAAACGUAAAAUAUACAAUAGUGUCAGCCUUUUCCCUUAUUGUUAUUCCACGCUAAUGGAUAUAAUGUGUAAAUUACAGUUCCGGUUAUACUUGCAAUUGCAGACACUAAUAGAACAAGAAGGAAAAGAUAGACGGGCGCAAACCUCAUCAGUCUGGCUGACGAAUUUGUAUGGUUGAUUGAGGAUGUUUGACUAACCGCAAGAGCUAGUGCACUUUCGCUGGAAAUCCAAAUUGGUGGCGACGUCGCACUACUUUAGAAAGAUGUCUUACUUUGUUAUCAAUAUUUGCUUUCAUAGCUAUUGUUGGUCUAGUAACUGGCUUAGUGGCUGUUCUAUUAUCAAAACAAAUGGUGGAGGAAUUGAACGUUCCACCAAAUCCCGCCCAGGCAUUGCACGGUUAUGAUGAUCGCCCCACUCAUAAUAAGGUACCUUCAGCCGGAGAUAAAGCGACUACCCUUAUGAUGUCACCUACACAACUGGAUGGAAAGUCAAAUGUUUGCUUAACAACCGAAUGUAUUCAUACAGCAUCAGCUGUAUUGAGUAAAAUGAAACCCGAAGUUGAGCCGUGCGAUGAUUUUUAUCAAUUCGCCUGCGGUACAUAUAUCGAUGAGCUACAAAUACCAGACGAUAAAACAUCAGUCAACACAUUUUCCGUAAUAACGGACAAAUUACAUGAACAGCUUAAAGACAUUAUAAUGGAAGAGCCGUCUGACACGCAACCGAAACAUUUCCGUUUGCCAAAUGCUCUAUACAAAGCCUGUAUGAAUAAAACCCUAAUUGAAAAUCUAGGUGGUAAGCCAAUAGCAGAUAUAUCUGAAUCAUUAGGUGGUUGGCCUAUUGUCAAAGGCGAUAUGUGGGAUCCGAAAGACACAUGGACGUGGCAGGAGACCAUUAAAAAGUUUCGUCGCUUAGGUCUAAGUAUGGAUUAUAUAAUAGAUUUUUCCAUUAGUGUCGAUUUGAAGAACAGCACAAAGCGUGUAAUUGAUUUGGAUCAAUCGUAUAUUGGAUUAAGUCGCGAAUUUUUGAUCAAAGGUUUCAAUGAAACUUUAGUGAAGGCUUACUAUGAUUACAUGGUGGACAUGGCAGUUUUAUUUGGAGCAGAGAAAGAAGACGCACAGUCGGAAAUGAAAGAAGCAUUGGAAUUCGAAAUUAAUCUUGCAAAUAUUUCUUGGCCUAAUGAAAAACGUCGUAAUUCUAGCGAGUUGUAUAACUUACACACCAUUACAGAAGUACAACAAUUAUAUCCUUACGUUGAUUGGCUGGAUUACAUUAAUGCUUUGUUGCCAGUUAAACUGAAAGUCAACGAAGAUGAAUUAGUCAAUGUGGCUGUUCCAAGCUUUUUUGAAAACCUAGGCAAACUAUUGGAAAAGACGCCAAAACGGACUAUUUGCAAUUAUAUGAUGUGGCGCAUACACGCAUUUUCGGUAGGUUUUCUAUCUGAGGAAUAUCGUAAACGCCAACUAAAAUAUAGUACAGCGGUAACUGGACGCGAAGAACAAGAAGCUCGUUGGAAGGAAUGUGUCGACAUUACAUCAGGCAGCUUCGAAAUCGAGGAUCUUCUUGGUUUAUCUAUCGCGGUCGGUUCCUUAUAUGUACGUAAACAUUUCAAAGAAGACUCGAAAGCUAAUGCUUUGGAAAUGGUCAUGAGUAUUAGGAAUGUUUUCCAUAAGAUAUUAGAGGAAGUAGAUUGGAUGGAUGAAGGUACGCGAAAAGAAGCCAUUAAAAAAGUGGAAUCAAUGGCUGUUCAUAUCGGCUAUCCCGACGAGCUAUUGGAUGACAAUAAAUUGGCUGAAUAUUAUGAAAAAUACGAAAUCGAACCGGAUAAAUAUUUUGAAUCAUUUUUAAAAAUGAACGUAAUAGGCACUGACUAUUCAUUCAAUAAAUUACGCCAACCGAUUAACAAAACCGAAUGGCUGCGCCAUGCCCGACCAGCUAUAGUAAAUGCGUUUUAUUCAUCAUUGGAGAAUAGUAUACAAUUCCCAGCGGGUAUAUUGCAAGGACAUUUCUUUAAUGCACAACGUCCCAAAUAUAUGAAUUAUGGAGCCAUUGGCUUUGUUAUAGGUCAUGAAAUUACUCAUGGCUUUGACGAUCAAGGGAGACAGUUUGACGUGGACGGUAAUUUAGUAGAUUGGUGGGAUGAGAAUACGCAAAAAGCCUACUUGGAAAAGGCUAAAUGUAUUAUAGAGCAAUAUGGUAACUUCACCGACCAGUUGACUGGUUUAAAGUUAAACGGCAUCAAUACUCAGGGUGAAAAUAUAGCGGAUAAUGGUGGUCUGAAAGAAUCGUAUUGGGCAUAUAAAAAUUGGGUUGCCCAAAACGGUGUGGAACCUAGAUUGCCGGGUCUAGACUAUACGCCAGAGCAAAUGUUUUGGAUAUCUGCCGCCCAAACUUGGUGCGCUAAAAUUCGUAAAGAAACCCUUAGAAUGCGCAUUACCACCGGCGCUCAUUCGCCCAAUGAGUUUCGUGUUUUGGGUACAUUGAGCAAUACAAAAGAUUUCUCUCGGGAUUUUCAGUGUCCCGAAGGUUCACCUAUGAAUCCAGUGCACAAAUGUCACGUUUGGUAGAUAGUCACGGCGUGGCAUAUAUUUUUAAUAUUUCUCUCUAAUAAAUUUGUACUUUUUUUUUAUGUAUAUGUAUAUAUAAAA